CGCUGUUCAUUCGAGUAGUUGAGUACGUGGAGAUCAGUUCAGUUUGGUUCGGUACGGUUUUGUGAAUUUCAACUUUGCGGCAAAACGACGUACAAACAACAACGAAAACAAAAACGAGCAAAAAUCACUAUAAAACAAGACGUGCGGGUGUAAAAAGUGUUCGAUAAGAAACUACAUUCACACAAGCAUUCAUGUGAACGAUACAGCGGGGUGCGAAUAAAACGAAAAGUGUUUGGCUAGUCGAAUUGGUGCUAGUGUGAGUGCGCAUGUUUUUAGUUUUCAAAGCAGCUGACGUGCAAAACAUACAUAAAUAAGUAAAAAAAGAAUGAUUUAAUAAAUAAAUAAAACAAAUAAAAUUUGUUAAAAUUCAAGUGUUCGAUAAGCCGUACGUACACCAAAGCAAAUCAAAGUCAAGAAAAGAGUAAAGCAAAUGCGAGCAGCCAAUUGAGAGGAAGCGGCGGUCAGCAGCGAAUAAAAUUUAUCGAGAAUCGUACAAAUUGAAACGUUGGAGAAAUAUUGUUUGCUUAUUAUUUGAGUUUUUAAUCAAGAGCGCACCUGUGUUGUUGUAAAAGCAAUACAAUACAACGAAAUUUUCACAAACCGGUGCAAUACAUUUUCCGACAAUCGCAUACAGCAACAGCCGCAACAAAACAAGAAAAGGAAUUUCAAAGACCAAAGUGAAAUAUAAGUAGCAAUCGUAACAUCAACAACAACAGUAUGGCGAGAAGUUUACGUCCCCUUAAGAUCACAAUCGUCGGCGACGGUAUGGUGGGCAAGACCUGCCUACUCAUUACAUACACACAAAACGAAUUCCCCGAAGAAUACAUACCCACGGUCUUCGAUAAUCACGCCUGCAACAUUACGGUCGAUGGCAAUGAAUACAAUCUGACACUAUGGGAUACAGCCGGGCAAGAGGAUUACGAGCGUCUGCGUCCGCUGAGUUAUCCAAAUACGAAUUGUUUCUUGCUUUGCUAUUCCAUAAGCAGUCGCACAUCUUUUGAGAAUAUCAAAAGUAAAUGGUGGCCCGAGAUACGGCACUUCUCUAAUAAUGUGCCUGUUGUGUUGGUCGGCACCAAACUGGAUUUGCGAGUGCCGAAUUCGGAAAAGUUUGUGACGACAAGUGAAGGACGUCGCCUGCGAAAGGAAAUUCAUGCGCAUUCCUUGGUGGAGUGUUCGGCCAAAAAGAAGAUCGCUCUGAAUCAAGUUUUCGAGGAAGCAGUAAGGGCGGUGGAGAAGAAACCGAGCACUAAACCCAAGCAAUGCACGUUGCUGUAAGGAGUAUGGCGAGGAGUGGCGCAACAGAAAUUUGCAAGAAGAAGAGCAACAAAAACUAAACGAAAAAUCGUAUACGAGUACUACAAUUACUCUAUUUACUGCUAGCAAUGUAUUUAUUUGAUGUGCAUUUCAUGCGCCUGAAAGGCGACUACUUUCUGCAAGCAGUGAUGGAAAUGCUUAGUAGAUGAGUUUGUGUCAGUUUUUGGAGUUUGUUGACGGCAUGCAGGGGAGGUUGGUUGAGUUAGCAGUACAUUGGGGCGGGUAGAGAGAACUUUGAGUUCUUUCGCUUUGUUUUUUUAUUGUAUUCUUUUUAUUAAAUAUUGUAAAAUAUUUCAUGUGAAAAUACAAUUGAUUUAUUUUUACUAUUAGUCUUUUAAGUGCAUGCAGUUAUAUACGCAAAUAUAUUUAUUUUGUAAAGAAAAAAUAUGUAAAUCUUGAAGAGUAUAAAAAAAAGUGCGCAGAACGUAAUAUUUCAAAUAAAAAGCUGUAUAAUCCAUACAAGUAAAUAAAAAGUUACACAAAAAUUAAAAGAAUUAAUGUUUUAAAACACAUACAUACAUACGUGCAUACAGCUAUGUACAGAGAAAUAAUAAAUGGCAUACAUGUAAUAAAUAUUUAAUAUCAAAGUAUAAUUUGUUUUGCAUUUUUUUAUUACUUUGUCACAUACACAAAGGUUAAUUUUACUUUAAGGGCCCAUAAAUACAAAUAAAAUACAGUUAAGUGUACUUUUGUUUCAAAAUAAUUUUUUACUGAAUAUUUAGCUCUAGUCUCACGACACGCUCUAACUCAUAUUUUCAACGUGUCAAUGCAUAAAAAGUCGUAAAACUUCCACAGAGCCUUUUUUCGAAGACUCAAAUGGGCGACUCAUCAUCAAAUAUUCGAAUUGUUCGUUGAGAGAGGACCUCGCUGCUCAAGACUGAGUAGGCGUCUAAAGUAGCACCCGAGCUUCUGCAUUAGUCAUUCACCUUAAUUGCGCAAUUAAGAAAUUUAGAUGAUUAAGGACCUAAUUGAACUCAAUUAAUAAAUUGUGCAACUAAGCCAGAUUUUCAAAGCAACCUUGUGAAAAUUGUUCAAUGUGAAAACGAAAUGUCAGGCAAAAAUAAAUUAAAAAACAACUAAUGUAACACAAAAUUGAUGUACACUAAACAAAAUAAAAAAUUAUGA